AUGGCACGGUCCUACUCAAAGCCGGCCAACGGUCCAACACCAGCACGAGACGCCCGCGCCCGCAUCCUCUCUCUCCUCACCUCUCGACUUGCAGUCGCCCUCGCCUCCGUCUUGGUCACGCUCGUCUACUGCUCCUUCACAUCCUUAGCGGUCCAGCAGGGCGUCACGACCAAGGAUGUCUUCACCUCGUCCUACGACUUGACGCCCAUCCAGGCGACGUCUCGAGGACCUGAAGCGAAGGAGAAGCUCCUCAUCCUCACUCCGCUUAAAGACGCCUCGCCCUGGCUCGACGAGUACUUUGAAAACAUCGCACGGCUCAACUACCCGCCAAACCUCGUCUCACUGGCCUUCCUCGUCAGCGAUUCGACAGACGACACCGUCGCGAAACUGCGGAGACGAGCAGCUCGAUUGGCCAAGCUUCCCAAAGCUCAGGGAUACGACAGCAUCACGAUCUUGCAGAAGGACUUCAACUUCAACCUUGCGUCCGAGGUGCGGCACGGGUUCGAGGGCCAGCCCGUGCGACGAGCGUUCAUUGCGCGGGCGCGGAAUUACCUUUUGUCGGCGGCGCUGCGGUGGGAUCAUGCGUGGGUGCUGUGGCUCGACGUCGAUGUCGUGCGGUACGACCCGAACAUCCUGUCCGACUUGAUGAGCAUCGACAAGGACGUUGUCGUGCCGAACACCCUAUGGCAUCUGGAGAAGAACUGGGACUUCUGGGGCUUUGACCGAAACAACUUCGCUGAGACGGAGGCGUCGCUCGACUUGCUGGAAAAGAUCGGGCCGAACGUCAUGCUCGUCGAGGGCUAUCGAGAACUGAUGACGAACCGCCUGCACCUCGUCGACAUGCCGACCCACCUCGGACUCGCGUACGUCCCGCUUGACGGCAUCGGCUGCACGUUCGCCCUCGUCAAGGCACAUGUGCACCGCGAAGGGAUCACCUUCCCGACCUACGUCUUCGAGAACGAGGUUGAGACUGAAGGCUUCGCCAAGCUCGCCAAGCGCGCAGGCUUCGAAGUCGUCGGCGUACCCGGCCUGCUCGUCUUCCACGCGCAAAAUCACUAA